AUGGAUAAUAGUGAAAGCGAUGUCGAUGAUAAGACACUAGUUCAUCGACCAAGAACAUUAUGUUUAGAACACGGAUCGAUGGACAUUGAUAUCAACGAACAGAUACAAGUCAUUGACUUGUGUACACCUGAUAUGGAUAUUAAAGAUAUUGCACUUUCACCGUCAAGAUUUUCUGAUCUUCAACAAAAACAUUCUAUAUUGGCUUGUUAUCCAAUCAAUAGUCAACAUGAACAGGGUCCACCAUUAUUAACGAACAUACCACCCCAUCAGCUGACUCGGACAGAGUUAGCAUAUCGACAAUCGAAUGCUUUUCCAUCAGCAUUUCGUUUUGUUAAUUAUGAUUCUAUGAUACCAUCAUUUCUACGUGAAAAGUAUCAAAUGUACUUUGUUGAUCUACUUGAACGUUUGAAAGUUGAUGUAUCAAUAUUGGAUUAUAAUUAUACACGAUUAAAUAAUUAUAUGAGAUUGUUAAUGUAUGAACAAAUAAAAGUAUUUAAUUCUCGAAUCGAUCAAAUUCCACGAAUCGAAGAAAGUGAAUAUCCACUUCUAUUGGAAUUCUUUUUACAAUUUGAUAUCAAUCUAUUCUACAUGAAAACAUGUUCACUUCAUUAUGCUCGACCUCGUACAUUGAAUGAAGGACUAUUUUGUUUACAAGAACCCGAAGCUCGUUAUGAAUUUGCUUCAUGUGGCAAUUGUGCAUUAUGUUAUCCACAAUACGAUAGGACCUAUCGUGUUAACAAAUCUAUUGUAGCCUUUAAUCAAGCUCAUCAACAUCGAUUUAUCAAUGGAUAUCGUGCUAUUCUUAAUUGUUCAGCGUUCUGUUACACACGAAAUGUUAUCUAUGCAUUAACAUGUCCAUGUGGUAGAUUCGAUUAUGUGGGUGCAACAACACAAAGUUUACAUGAUCGUCUCAUAAAACAUCGUGAACAUGGCAAUCGAAUCAUACAUGAAUUCUUACUUGGCGAAGCUAAUAUUGUACGUGAUUUAACACGUGGAAAAUCAAAUGAGAUUUCAACUAAAGAUCAUAUGAAAUUGUAUCAACAUUCUGCCCGAUGUCAUGUAGCUAUGCAAAUAUUUUUGGAUGCAAAUCCACAAUAUUGGCGUUUCAUACCUAUGACAUUCGAAGAAUCAGAAACACUUGAACAACGAUCUAUUCAUGGGCUUGGUCUACCGGAAGAACUCGAUUGGACUUUACGAUCGAGAGAGGACUGUAAACUAUAUGUUGCAUCAGUUCCUAAACCACCUCCAGAUUAUAGAUUUUCCAAUCGUCAACAAGCAUUACAAUUAUCUUAUUUCUAUAAGAAACGAGAUAAAAUAUUACCAAAUCAAUCGAUUGAUUUGUAUAAUGCUACUAUUGUAGCUGUUUUACCAGAGUCGUGUUCAGAAAUGUUUCGAUUCACUAUUGAAUCCUUAUUUAUUACUCAUGCUGACACGAAACUCAAUACAAUUGGUCAUAUGUUGAAUGAGAAUUCAGUUGGUAAUCAUCAUCAUCCAUUAUUUAAUCCAUGGUUAGAUCGAGGUACUCAAUGGUGUGAUGGAUUACAACGGCGACCUCAACCAAAAUAA